AUGAUAGGUGAAGAAUAUUCAAAUAUAUCGCUUUCAGGAAUAGCUCUGGAAUCCACACCAAUCAAAAGAAAACCACAACAAGCAAGUUUUACCGAAUACGUCACCGUUAAUGAAACAACGGUAAACAAUAAUUCAACAAUAUUGCCAACAAAUGAAAAAGUCCAGAACCAGCAACAGCAAUCUAGUAAAGAUUCUGAUGAGUUAGAUUCAAUUAUUGAUACCCAUCCCGAAUUGAAAAUAGCAAGUAGAGAGAAUGGUGAAUUCAAUCCUGUCAAUGUGGCAUACACAAUGUUCACACCCCAAAAGCAACAAAACCCUGAAAUAAUACUAACCCCACUGAAUAAGCCCCUACAACAACAAGAAAGCAAAGACAAAGAUUUGACUACCACAUCAACCCAACAAGUCCAAAAUAUACUACUUAAUCCAAUGACACCAUAUACUCUAACAUUAUAUUUCCAAUUAUUUUCUAAUAUGAUAAUGGCCAGUAUUGUUAUUUAUAUGGCUUAUUUAGCAUAUACAACUAUUAGACAAGAUAUAAAUUUCAAAAUUCAACGAAUGACGCUUGAUUUGUUAGACGAGAUUUCUCAAUGUCUGAAACAAUAUACAUUGAAUAAGUGUCAUUUAUCAACUCGACCACCGGCAAUUGAACAAGAAUGUAAUUAUUUGGAUAAAUGUCAAAAUCAAGAUCCAUCUUUGAUUAGUCGAUCAAAUUUGACAAGUGAGAUAUUAGCAGAAAUAACUAAUUCAUUCUUCAAUAAAUUAAAUUAUAAAAGUAUUAGUAUUGUACUAAUAUUUCUUGUAAUUAAUUUGGUGUCGAAUUAUUAUAUUAUUGGUAAUUUCCAAUAUAAUGAAAUUAAUCGGUUAAAAAAAUUAGAGUUCAAUUCAAACCCAGAAUCAAAAUUGGACACCAAAAUAGAUUUAGAUUAG